AUGUCUCAAUCUGUAGAAGAACGGACAAGAAUUAAAAAUGAACGUUACGAAUCUGGUGUAAUUCCAUACGCUAAAAUGGGAUACUGGGAUCCAGAUUAUGUAGUGAAAGAUACAGAUGUAUUAGCACUAUUCCGUGUAUCUCCUCAACCAGGAGUAGAUCCAGUAGAAGCUUCUGCUGCAGUUGCUGGUGAAUCAUCUACUGCAACUUGGACAGUAGUUUGGACAGAUCUUUUAACCGCUUGCGACUUAUAUAGAGCAAAAGCAUACAAAGUAGAUGCUGUACCAAAUACAACUGAUCAAUAUUUUGCAUAUGUUGCAUAUGAUAUUGAUUUAUUUGAAGAAGGUUCAAUUGCUAACUUAACAGCUUCAAUUAUUGGUAAUGUAUUUGGUUUUAAAGCUCUUAAAGCUUUAAGAUUGGAAGACAUGCGUUUACCUGUUGCUUAUUUAAAAACUUUUCAAGGUCCUGCAACAGGCGUAAUCUGUGAACGUGAACGUAUGGAUAAGUUUGGGCGUCCAUUUUUAGGUGCAACUGUUAAACCAAAAUUAGGUCUAUCAGGUAAAAACUAUGGUCGUGUAGUAUAUGAAGGUCUUAAAGGUGGCUUAGACUUCUUAAAAGAUGAUGAGAAUAUCAAUUCUCAGCCUUUCAUGCGUUGGAAAGAAAGAUACCUGUAUUCAAUGGAAGGUGUAAAUCGUGCUAUUGCCGCUGCUGGUGAAACAAAAGGGCAUUAUUUAAAUGUAACAGCAGCUACAAUGGAACAGAUCUAUGAAAGAGCUGAAUUUGCUAAACAGCUUGGCAGUAUCAUUGUUAUGGUUGACCUUGUAAUUGGUUACACAGCUAUUCAAUCAAUGGCUAUCUGGGCUCGUAAAAAUGAUAUGAUUCUUCAUUUGCAUCGUGCAGGUAACUCUACUUAUUCUCGUCAAAAAAUUCAUGGUAUGAAUUUUCGAGUAAUAUGCAAAUGGAUGCGUAUGGCAGGUGUUGACCAUAUUCAUGCAGGUACUGUUGUAGGUAAAUUAGAAGGCGAUCCUGUAAUGAUCCAAGGUUUCUAUAAUACACUACUACUGCCAUAUUUAGAAGUAAAUUUACCACAAGGUAUAUUCUUUGAACAAGAUUGGGCAUCUCUUAGAAAAGUUACGCCUGUUGCUUCUGGCGGUAUUCAUUGCGGACAAAUGCAUCAAUUAUUAGAUUACCUUGGCGAUGAUGUUGUUCUUCAAUUCGGCGGUGGUACUAUUGGUCACCCUGAUGGUAUUCAAGCAGGAGCAACAGCUAACCGUGUAGCUCUAGAAUCAAUGGUUAUAGCUCGUAAUGAAGGACGUGAUUUUGUAGCAGAAGGACCACAAAUUUUACAAGAUGCAGCAAAAACUUGUGGACCUUUACAAACAGCUCUAGAUUUAUGGAAAGAUAUUAGCUUUAAUUACACUUCUACAGAUACAGCUGAUUUUGUAGAAACUCCAACAGCUAACGUUUAG